UGUAAAUUUUGCGUGAAUCUUUUCAAUUUUACUGUUGCUUUACAACGAUGAGUUUAACAACAUUCUAUGGCAAGAUUUUUGGCCUAGGAUUCGCCAUGGGUGCUGGUAUGGAAGUUUUACUCAUCAAGAGUAACUACUAUCAAAUGUUGGCUGCAUCGGAAGCCAAAGCCAAAUUGAAGGAAAUGAAGCAAGAGGAAGAAGAUAUGGAACGUUUGCGCAAACUCUCAAAAGAAUCGUCUCCUCCGACCAGCUCUUCUUAGUGUUCCCGUGUUUAUAUGUACAUACUCUCUAGUCUCCCGCUCGCUCCCUGCAGGAAACAAUACUUCUAGAUCUUGCGUGCCCGAAACGAGCCAAUUCGUCUUUCAAAGGCAUAGUUUUAUUCAUCCCAUGAUGUUCUGAAUAGAUAAAUAAACAUCACAUACCCUGAAAGUGAUAUAUACGAUAAUGCUCAUGUCGAUCUAUGAAGAAUAUGUGGAGGAAAAGAGUGGCUGCCAAUCUUACAGGAAAAAAAAU